AUGGCCGGCAAGGGGCCGUCCUCUUCCAUUGCGACUCCAAGCCUCGACCUCUCACUGCAGACAGCUGAGCAGUCGGUGGACGACGAGCCGACACUGUGGAAGUCCAUCAGGAAAUGGCCAAAAGUCGUGGGAUAUUCCUUGGGUUUGGCCUCAGCCAUUUUGCUCAAUGGGUUUGACACGUCGAUAGUAGGAAAUCUCUCGGCCAUACCAGCGUUUCAGGAAGACUACGGCCGACAUUUCAACAACCGCUACAUCAUCCCGUCGACAUGGAUGGGACUUUGGACUGCUAUCGGCACCCUUGGUACUAUGACUGGCAGUGUUGUCGCAGGCUGGCUCCAAGACCGUGUUGGCAGGCGUCCGGCACUUGCUCUGGGAAGCCUCUUGUCAGCCGUGGGAGUAGCCAUCAUAUAUUGCUCGCAUUUCCUCGAUGCAUUGGACUCCCGGAGGGGCACCUUUCUCGCCGGCAAAUUUGUUCAGGGGGUGGCUGUUGGAACACUUCUAUGUUCCACACAGACCUAUCUCUCUGAAAUCCUGCCACCAAAAUUGAGAGGAUCAGUCAUGGCCUUCUUUCCAGUCUUCACCUUGGUCGGGCAACUGAUUGGCGCAGUCGUCGUCUCUGCAUCCUUGAAAUAUCCACAUAACCAACCCUACACCACCCCAAUGAUUGCGCAAUGGCCAUUUUCCGCUGUUCCUUUGAUCCUGGCUCUGCUGGUGCCAGAAAGUCCAACUUACCUGCUUCGUAAGAGAAAAUAUGACCAGGCAUUCAAAGCUCAAAAACGGCUUGACAGUUCGAGAACCGACACGCAGAAGAACAUCGACGACCUCAUGUUCUCGUUGCAGAAAGAGGAAGAGCAGGCCAGACAUCGUCAAGUAACAUAUAUGGAAUGCUUCCAAGGCACGAAUAGACGGCGCACGCUGAUUGUCAUCUUCGCCAACGUGCUGCCUAUGCUUUUUGGAUUCUCCUUGCUCGGUGAUUCCACCUAUUUCAUCCAAAUCGUCGGCAUGAGUGCAAAGAAUGCUCUACUAUUCCUUCAGCUUGGUGUUGGCCUUGGGCUACUCGCCAAUAUUGUCAGCAUGUGGGCCGUCACAAAGAUUGGUCGGCGAGUCCUCGGCAUGGCGUCGUUGAUUGUCAGCACAGUCCUCUGGCUGGGCAUGGGGAUUGCCGGGUGUUUUGAUGGUGUUGUCGUGAUAUGGUACACGGCAGUCACCAUGAUGGUAGUAGUCGUGGCCGUAGGGGUUGCAAUUUGGCCCGUCUCGGUCGUGGUCAGUGCCGAAACCUCGUCCCUUCGACUUCGUGCAAAGACACAAGGCAUCGGCUGGUUCUCAGGCGCUCUAGCACAGGGAGCCUUUGGGAUCAGUCUCCCUUAUGUGUACAACGUCGACCAGGGUGACCUCAGGGCCAAGGCGGGGUUCAUCAUCGCGGGAUUCUCGGGUAUAGCGUCGGUGCUGACCUGGCUCUUUGUCCCAGAAAUGAAGGAACGCACUGCCGCAGAGAUCGAUACCAUGUUCGAGCAUCGAUUACCCGCGAGAAAAUUCAAAGAAUGGCGAGGCACAAUUGCCGAAGUCGCCGCAGAUGAUUCUCUUGGGUCUCAUGCAGACUUGGCAUAA